CUUUUCUUAGUCUAGACUAGGCUACUAACGACAAUUGUCAACGACGAAUAUUACCUAGGUACAUACCAGGUAUUGAAACAUUAUUCAACAAAAAGCCAAUAGGUCAUGGAAAUCUCAAACCCCCGCCGCAUCCUGGCGAUAUCGCUAGAGAGCGAGGCGGAACUGCUCAGCAAAUUCAUCAAGGACUUGACCGGCAGCCACCCCACACCGUUGCCUACAGCAACGCCGGAAACGACGUCGGGAGAAGAAGGCGGGGAAAGCAGUGGCAGCGUCAGUGGCGCAGGAGGAGGCGGGGAAGGCCUGGCGGGCACAACGCACGCCCUGGCGCUCAAGACGGCCUACUACAGCAGCGAGGUGCCCGUGUGGCUCGACACGCCGGCCGCGCCGAGCGAAUGGGCCGACACCUUCCUCAGCGCCGAGGCGAGGGAGGUCCUGGGCGUGCUGGGCGGGAUCACUGUGGUGUUCUCGAUCAAGGGCGAGAAGGAAGGCGGCGCCGGCGCUGGCAAGGGGCGGGAGCUCGUCGAGGCGGUGGGCAGGGUGGUGAGGGAAGGCCUGGGCGGCUGGGAGUGGGACGGGGUUGGGCUCGCUGUCGGAUUUGGUGAGGUCGGACCCGAUGCCGGCGAUGUGCUCGGCGACUGGGAGGAGGCUUGCGGCGAGGCCGGGUUGGAGUUUGUGCACGCAAGGAGUGGUGGUGGGGAUAAGGGGAGGAAUGAGUUUGGCGAAAAAACUGGCAUUCCACGGGUGCUGGAGGCGCUGGAGUCCAACGACUGGGCCCUCGAUCUAGAUGCGGAUGGUCUGGGGCUGGGAGAUGACGACGAUGACGACUUUCUGGGCCAGCAAUCGUCAGACGAGUUUGGCGACUUUGAAAAUGCAGCAAGCGGUGCGGCCAAGAGGAGAAAGAGCACAGACCUGGACCCGGCAAGCCUGAGUUUCGGCUUUGAUAAGGCCGACUUUGAGGGCCUCAAGCGCGCCAUCUGGAGUUCCGGGGUCGACGUCGAGGCGGAAGCCGAAAACAUGAGGAUAGCAGACGAGGCUGCUGCGCUUCAAGAAUCGAGCAAGUUACAUAAAGAUGCGUCAGACAAGUCAGGUUCACCAUCGGGAGAAGGACAAGGUGCAAAAGAGCCCCAAAGCCAGGAGACGGGUGACGACAUUGGGCAAGAGGACGUCGAGAAGGUCGAGGCCAUGAUGCGCAAGCUACUCGCUGUCCGAGAAAUGGGUGCUAGUUUACCAGAGGAUCAGAGGAAGAGACUGGCUGCCAGGGCUGUGGGUGAGGUCAUGCGAGACCUCUGAUUUUUUUUGUCUGACUGACUAAGUAUUUACCGAUACACAAUACAACAACACACGCUUAUGCGGUCCUCCAAAAGAGUCAGCCUGCCUUGAGCAGGAAUUGUCGGGUUUACAUGCCACGACGGGACACCUGCGCUGUCAGAUUAUGCACGCAAAUUAUCCACUAUAAGAAGGCGGGGGGAAACUUGUAUUCGAACAGUCUUGAUAGGACCUACCUACCGUAAGCUUGCUUCUGCUAUAUAUUCCUCGAUAUAUUUAGACCGGCUUGACCGGAUAACCGGGAUCGACCAUAAUCG